GCAAGUAUGCAUUUAUUUUAAGGAGAAACGCUGUAAGAAGGCAAAGCGAAGAAGCCCGCUAGUCGUAAUGCCACCAAAGUGGGUGGGCACACUUCCUAAGUAUAAGUAUGGAAACAGCCUCGUCUCGUCCUAACGGAUUUCUACUACAGAGGAGACGGAGAUGAGCGCUAACAUUAUGAGACCACAGACAGCAAUGAAAUUACACGUGCUCUUCGCCAUUUCCUUCUCCUGGGCGUUCCACGAGGUCCCACCCCCUAAGUACCAGCACUACGACCCCUUGACCUCUGAAUUCCUCCUGUGUGACCAGUGUCCGCCCGGCACGGCCGUCCUGACCCACUGUACCGCCGAAACCCCCACCGCCUGCUCGCCGUGCCCCGACCGGUCCUUCUCAGAACACUGGCACUGGGGCGACAGCUGCCAGUACUGCACGACCGUCUGCAAGGAGAGACAGCUGGUCAGUCAGGAGUGUAACAGAACCCACGACCAGCUGUGUGAGUGUAUCCCAGGCUACCACCUGGUGGUGGAGUUCUGCAUCAAACACACGUCCUGUCCACCUGGCUUCGGCGUGACUGCUCUAGGUACACCAGAGAUAGACACAGCGUGUGAGGCGUGUCCACAGGGCCUGUUCUCCAGCCGGUUGUCUGCCAGCGAGCCGUGUGUGCCUCACAGGAACUGCUCUGAGCUGGGCUUGAAGACCCUCCGACCGGGGACCCCGACCCAGAACACACUGUGUGAGAACGAGGCUGAAGGAUCUGUCCUGGAGUGCUCCCAUCACCACACACAGUGUCCCACUGACGUGUCGCUGUGUGAGGAGGCCAUCUUCCAGUCUCUGGCGUCUCUCCGUCUGUCCUCCGUCCCCCUGGAGAGUCUCCUGGAGAGCCUGCCUGGGAAGAGGGUGGACAGGAAGAGUCUGGAGAAGCUUAAGAAGGCCUGCUCCCCCCAGCAGCAGAUACUACUCCUGUUGAGACUCUGGAGAGAACAGAACAAAGACCAGGUUAAACUCUACGGAAUCAUUCAAGGUGUGAACCACUGUGAGCGUAAGGUGUCCAGGUGUGCGGGUUUGAAGAACCUGACCCUGGGUGACCUGAUGAUGGUGAUGAAGAGUCUCCCAGGGGUCCGGGCCCACGAGGAAGACAUCAGGGCCGUGGUCUCCUCAUGCCGCUCCCAGCAGUACCUCCUGCAGCUCCUUCACCUUUGGAAGAACCAGAACAAGGACCUGGACAUCAAUAAGGGUCUGACUCACAGCCUGAGCCGGCUCCGGCAGCAGGGGGCACCACGCCCGCUCCUCAGGAGCAUCAAGAAGAUCAACCGGAUCAUCUCCACCUCCUCCAUACACAAGAUGUACGAGAAGAUGUUCCUCAACAUGAUCGAGGACGGGACCUGCUUCAACACCAAACCCUACAACCAAUAGGAGAAAUGGGGCGGGUCUAAGGUGGGGGGAGGGGGAGGGGCAGAACUGGGUUUCAAAUACUUUAAACAUUUAGAAUUUGUUAGUCUGCCUAGAGUGUCAGAUGGAUGGGGUUUGGCGUUUUGUGGUGUUUCUAUUGGUUUAUUGCUCCAGACAAGCUCAAUCAGGGUCAGAUAAAGGUUGUAAAUUCAUGUUUAAAGUAUUUGCCACCCAGGUCUGAUGGGGGUGGAUCCUAACGUCCACUUACGUCAAAUUUUCACUUGGUCUCCCAUUGAUAUCAAUGCAUGACUAAGUCAAAAAAUUCAAUUUAAAUGUAAAUUAGGAUUAGUCAUUAACUGUGUGAAAACCAGGGUUGGGGUCAAUUUAGUGGAAAUUCAAUUCAUGAGGAUUUUUUAUUUCUGUUUGUGAAUUUGAAUUUGAAUUCACUUGCUGAAUUGACUGAAUUAAAAAUGGAAUUGAUUCCAACCUUAGCGAAAAGAGAAAACUAUUUAAAAUGUGUAUAUAGUCUGGUGUUUUUAAGGUGAGGUAGAGGGGUGAUAGGGAAGGGGGUGGUGAUAGGGAAGAGGGUGGUGAUAGGGAAGGGGGUGGUGAUAGGGAAGGGGGUGGUGAUAGGGAAGGGGGGGGUGAUAGGGAAGGGGGGGUCGUCUUGCUUUUUCACUGUUUUAAAAGGAGGAGAUUUAUUUCAUAAUGAAAUGUUUCCUCCUGUGUGCGUUCCAAAUGGAACCCUAUUCCCUAUAUAGUGCACUACUACCCAAUGGGCCCUGGUCAAAAGUAGUGCACUAUAUAGGGAAUAGGGUGCCAUUCCCCCCCCCCGCGCUGUUCUGUGUGGACUGCUGACAUCCAAAGCUCUAUUGACACUGUCAAAACAUUUCAAACAUGGUCAGCUUUUAUGAAUGUACAAAGGAGUGCAAUUUGUUUUAUUAAAAUGUCAUUUUUCUUACCGAAUUUGUUUGUAAAAGCUUAUUUUUAUUUCUCUAUUAAAAUAAAAUUGUAUUCUGAAUGCUGCAGGUUUGAAUGUUGUUUGUUUGUAGCUGAAGGGAUUUGUUUUGGAAAUCAUUUUUGUAUAAAAUAUUUUAAGUAUUUAAAUAAUACUUUAUUUGGGAUGUUUUUGGUUUGGACCAGCCCUUUUCAAGUCCUUCACAUUUGUAAACAUUAUGUCGAAUUAUCUGAUUAAAAUCCAUUUGAUAAAA